AUGGCAACGGCUAUAUUGGAGACUCUCAAACGGCAACGCUCGAAUAUUAAGCGCAACAUUACGCGCAUAAGAGGAAUGGUCGAUGCCAAGGAAGAAGAAGAGCAGAAAUCGCCGGCUGAACUUAAGUGCCGUUUGGGAAUCUUAGAGUCAUAUUUUAAGCAAGCCCUUUCGGUACAAUCAGAAAUUGAGACCAUGGAAUCCACAGAUAGUGGACGUGCAGACCUGGAGGACAGUUACAUAACUACAAAGUUGGCAAUUCAGCAACUUCUUGGAGAGGAUCUGCACAACACAGUUUUCGACCACAUCUCUGCACCAAGCUACAGUGCGCCGUCUCGACUGCCAAGAUUGGCACUACCUAGCUUCGAUGGAAAUCAUAAGGAUUACAAAAACUUCAUCUCGUCGUUUCUGCAACUGGGACCUGCACUGGAAGCUGUCGCAGCCUUCCCGGUCACUGGAGAAAAUUAUGCGAAGGCGCUGGAACGGCUGAAGGACCGGUAUGACAAGCCUGCCCUAAUCUUUGUCGAAACGAUAGCCUCGAUUUUUAAACUGCCGCCGGCUGCUGCGGCAAGUGCUCAACAGCUCCGCAACCUAAUCGACAACGCAUCCGCGUUAUACAGUGCCCUUUCAUCACUAGGCUCGGACGCUCAAAUUUCUGAGGCGAUGCUCAUUUACGUGGUCAUGGAGAAGUGCGAUCAGCAGACCAAAACAAAAUGGAACGAAUCACUGGAUUAUCUCACUCUGCCAUCCUGGAGCCAAUGCACGCAGAUACUUGAGCGCCACUGCCAGUUUCUUCUGUCUGACGAGCAAUCCCAUGGAUCGGAGCGGCCAAGACCGACUCGUCCCCCCGCAAGAUCUCACAAUUCGUCGUUUUCGCUGACCAACGCACCAUGUGUAUACUGGCUCGCACCCUCACACAAAUUGCUCGGAUGUGACAAGUUUAAGGACCUUAAUCCAACCGCGCGAUUUGAUGUCGUUAAAACACACCGUCUGUGUUUAAACUGUCUGUGUAGAGGUCACCAACUGUCGAGCUGCCCAUCGAGAAAUCGCUGUCGCACCUGCAACAAGGCACAUCAUACCCUGUUGCACAACAACCAUUCGCUAGAUUCGUCUCGCUCGCACCAACCGUAUCCGACUGCACCGCCAUUGGAAGCUGCAACACACUCGCACUCGCAUUCUGGCCAGAAGUCUCAGGUGAUGCUUGCCACUGCUAUGGUUCUCGUCAAGGAUGCGCUUGGAACCUACUGGCCUGGAAGAGCUCUUCUCGCCUCCUGCUCUCAAGUGAACUUCGUGACGGAAGACUUCGCACAACGGCUUCGCUUACGGAGGGAAAGACAUGCAGUCCAAAUUCGAAGCAUCGGCCAUUCGCAAACAGAUAUUAAAUAUUGCACAACUGCAUCUGUCAAAUCUCGCAUUUCAUCUUUCGUACUCUCCGCAGAUCUCUGUAUUAUUCCACAAAUCUCAUACCAGCCCGAUCCGGCCAUCGACGUUUCGACUUGGAAGCUGCCAGAAAAUACGCCGCUCGCUGAUGAAAGAUUCUACCAAUCACGCCACGUCAAUCUGCUACUGGGAACCGAAGCCUUCUUCGACGCCUUAACUGUAGGGCAAAUAAGGCUGGUACCUCAAGGCCCGCUGCUGCAGAAAACUCAGUUUGGCUGGGUCGUAACCGGCCGUCUGCAGCAAACCGCGCCAAUAGAAGUUUCCACUUGCAUGGCUUUAAACGCAAGUUCCAUUGAUGUCAACCUCAAACGUCUGUGGGAACUGGAAGCAGUCGACUCGCCACCUCUGCAGAAGCCGGAGCAUGCUAUUUGCGAGGAACAGUACGAGAAGACCACUUGUCUCGACAGCACUGGUAGGAUUGUCGUCAAACUGCCAUUCAAGGCUGACCCAACUCGGUUGGGAGACUCAUUUGAUAUCGCUCGCCGUCGGUUCCUAAGCAUGGAACGUCGCCUAUCGAAAUCUCCAGCACUUCGUCAACAAUACUGCGACUUCAUGGAGGAGUAUGAGAAAUUGGGGCACAUGUCCCCAGUUAUUCAUCCUAAACUGCAUGAGCCGCACUACUACAUCCCGAAUCACUGCGUCCUCAAACCCAGCAGUGAGUCUACUAAGCUUAGGGUGGUGUUUGACGCCUCUUGCCGGACGUCAAAUCAAUUAUCACUCAACGACUUGCUGUGCGUUGGCCCAACACUCCAGGAGGACUUGUACCUGCAGCUUCUAAAGUUCAGGCUUCAUCGUUACGCCAUCACAGCAGAUGUGACCAAGAUGUAUAGGCAAGUAAAUCUCGACAUUAUUGAUCGCAAAUACCAGUACAUUCUUUGGAGAGCAUUUUCAGAAGACACGCUGCGCACGUAUCAAUUGAAUACGGUAACCUACGGCACUGCAGACGCCCCAUUUUUGGCAACACGUAGCCUCAACCACCUCGCUGAUGUUCAUCAAGCUGACUGUCCAAUCGGCGUCGCUAUCAUAAAGUCGUCUUUCUAUGUUGAUGACCUACUCACGGGUGCAGACGACUUAGAGACGCUUCGCAUUAUCAAGGAUCAAGUCACAGAAAUUCUUCGUCGAGGGCAUUUCCCACUCACCAAAUGGCAUUCCAACUACGUUGGAUUCAUGGAAGAUCAUGCAUCCAAGAAGCUCAGUUCCUGUGGCGAGGGACUAGCCAGCGCUCUUGGAGUGAACUGGAACCAGCACAAGGAUACACUGUUCUUCAAGUUCAUACCAAGGAACCACGCAACGCGUAUCACCAAAAGAAGUAUUUUGUCCACCGCAUCCGCCUUGUUCGACCCGCUUGGUUUGCUCUCACCGCUUGUUGUUGUCGCAAAAAUACUUCUGCAAGAACUUUGGCUCGCUGGCCUGCAAUGGGACGAGAGCGUUCCAGAAAACAUACACACGGCCUGGAGCAAAUGCCUAGAAUCAUUCCAAACAGUCUCAAUUUUAUCGAUUCCCCGCUAUUGCCUCCAACACAAGAUGCGAUCACUUCAACUUCAUGGAUUUUGUGACGCAUCAAUCAGGGCCUACGGCUGCUGCGUGUAUCUACGCUCGGAAACGUCGACGGGAGACGUCGCAGUGCAGCUAUUGACUGGCAAAUCGAGAGUGGCUCCUGUGAAGAAAAAAUCCCUUCCAAAACUGGAAUUGUGUGGAGCGCAUUUGCUGGGCCAACUGCAUGCGAAAUUGAAGCCUCUAUUAGCGGACAGAAAAGUCUCGGUCUAUUUCUGGACGGACUCGCAGAUUGUGUUUCACUGGCUAAAACAGCACUCAGUCACACUGUCAGCAUUCGUUGGAAACCGAAUCUCCGAAAUUCAAGAAUGGACCGCAGAUGGCCAGUGGAAAUUUGUACCAGGUCCACAGUUCUUGACCCAACCAUCGUCCCAGCGGCCAACCACUCCGCAAAUCAUCGAUAUCGAUCCAACUAUUGUCAAAGCAGAGCAACGAAGGAGCACAUUCACCACGGCUGUGAUCAGCAAUCAUGUUCUCCAGCAGCUGACUCACAUCAGCUCAUACAAUCGCUGCAUUCGAACCAUCGCAUACGUCUUUCGCUUCGCCAACUUAUCAAGAGGAGUCAAAAUUGUCAAUCCAUCGCUUACAUCGGAAGAACUUCGCCGCGCAUUGUUCAGCAUCGUCUACAAUAUUCAGCAACACUCAUCAGGACAUGCUCUUAUCAGGGUUGGAGGACGAUUACAGAACGCCGACAUCCCUGAAUCUGAAAGGCAUCCGCUGCUACUGCCUAGCAAAUCGCACUUUGCGUGGAUUUAUGUACGACACUUGCAUCUGAGGAAUUGUCACGCAGGCCCGAAAGCUCUAGUCGCGCUAAUCCGUCUGGAAUACUGGAUCAUCAACGCCAGGGACCUGGCUCGUCGAGUGGUGCGUUCCUGUAUCGCCUGCGUUCGGUUCAGACCCAAACUGGAGAACCAACUCAUGGGAUCGCUACCACUAGAACGAGUGCUACCGCAACAGCCGUUCCAAAGGUGUGGCGUCGACUUCUGCGGACCGUUUAACAUAUAUCUUCGCAUUAGAGGAAAGGUUCCAACAAAGUCCUACCUCGCUGUCUUCAUUUGUUUGGCAUCCAAGGCCGUCCAUAUAGAAGUCGUCUCGGAUUUGUCAACCAAGGCAUUUCUUGCAGCACUUAAACGGAUGAUCGCCAGACGGUCAAUUCCAACCGACAUCUUCUGCGACAACGGAACCAAUUUCGUCGGAGCUGCCAACCAUCUUCAAGAACUACGAGCGUUCCUUCAAGACAAAGCCACGCAAGAAGUCAUUUCGUCUUAUUUGUCAACUGAUUUCAUAACUUUCCAUUUCAUCCCUCCUAGAGCUGCUCACUUUGGAGGCCUUUGGGAGGCGGCGGUAAAGAGCGCCAAGAGUCUACUCUACAGAACACUGAUGAAUUCAAGAUUCACCUUCGAGGAGCUCUGCACCAUAACCACUGAAGUCGAAGCGAUUCUCAACUCGCGCCCAUUGUCUCCGCUGUCUCCAGAUCCCAACGACUUUGGGGCACUUACUCCGGGCCACUUCCUGGUGGGGAAAUCUCUUCGUGCCCCUCCAGAACGGACUGUGUCAUCAACACAUGCGUCCAGCCUGGAACGAUUCGACGCCGUGACCGCGAGCAAACAACAGUUUUGGCGAAGGUGGUCGCUUGAGUACCUACAUGAACUACGCUCGCGCACCAAAUGGACAACACCAUCGGCCAACAUCAGGGCUAACACCAUGGUCAUCAUCCACGACGACAAUCUGCCUCCUCAGCGAUGGAAGAUCGGGCGCGUGGAGACCGUUGUUCCCGGAAAGGAUGGGCUAGUUCGAGUGGCCCACAUUCGAACCAGCACUGGGGUGUGCUGCCGACCAGUGCAUAAGCUGGCAGUAUUACCCACGGAUUCUCAAUCUUGUUGA